CUAGUUGGUCUCCAUUGGCUCCAUUCGCAAAUUAUUCUCAAUGGAGCAAUGGAGUGAUGUCAAUGGAGUUGUUCUCCAUUCAUCCAAUGGAUAAAUGUGCCAACCCUGCCUUAAUCCUAUGA